AUUUCAAGAUAGUGGAAUGUGUUGACAAGGAUCGAUCAGACAAGAGAGAAGAUUUUUUAUACUGAGUUAGCUGGCUACGUACCUAGAUACAUAGAUAGGUGUAAAAAAGGGCUCUACAUAAGACAAGCGAGCCUUUUGUGCACUCGAAGAGAGACCUUUCCUCGAUUACUGGUACUAGGGACUGAUGUCAGACUUUGGAAUGAGUCGCCCCAAAGAUCAAGGGACUCGAGGAAGGGCGAACACCUUCACUGAUGCACAUGCUUCCAGAGACCCCAACUCUAAGCUCUCUGGCUAUGGUGGCAUAAGAACUACACGUGACAAAGAGGGAAGGAAGAUAACGACUGUAAUGGCCACUGUUGGCAAGCCUCCGGACAGGCAGCAGGAAAUCAGUUACACCAACGUCAAGGCCAUUGGCAAUGGAUCGUUUGGGGUGGUCUAUCAAGCAAGAUUAUUGGACACCAAUGAGAAUGUAGCCAUCAAGAAAGUCUUACAGGACAAGAGAUUCAAGAAUCGAGAGCUGCAGAUAAUGCGGCGACUAGAUCACUGUAAUAUCAUCAGACUGCAAUACUUCUUCUACUCGAAUGGAGACAAAAAAGACGAGGUGUACUUGAACCUGGUGCUGGAUUUCAUCCCGGAAACAGUGUACAGAGUGAUCAGGCAUCACAGCAAAGCCAAGCAGAUCAUGCCCCUCCUGUAUAUAAAGCUAUACAUGUACCAGUUGUUCCGCUCCCUUGCCUACAUCCAUGCCAAUGGUGUGUGUCACAGAGACAUCAAGCCACAGAACCUCCUGCUCAACCCAGAGACUGGUGUGCUCAAGUUAUGCGAUUUUGGCAGUGCCAAAGUACUUGUGAAAGGAGAACCAAAUGUGUCCUACAUCUGCUCACGAUACUACAGAGCACCAGAGCUCAUCUUCGGAGCUACGGACUACACUUGUAACAUUGACAUUUGGAGUGCAGGAUGUGUGUUUGCUGAGCUACUCCUAGGUCAGCCCAUCUUCCCUGGGGACAGUGGAGUGGACCAACUGGUUGAGAUCAUCAAGGUCCUUGGAACACCUACCAAGGAACAAAUCCGGCAGAUGAAUUCAAACUACACGGAGUUCAAAUUUCCCCAGAUAAAAGCACAUCCAUGGAGCAAGGUAUUUCGUCCUCGGACACCUCCCGAGGCAAUAGACUUGGUCAGUCGUCUGCUGGAGUAUACCCCAUCCAACCGAAUCACUCCAAUGGAGGCCUGUGCUCACAGCAUGUUCAACGAAUUGCGACUGCCUAAUUCCAGGAUGCCCAAUGGAAGAGAUUUCCCUCCUCUCUACAACUUUACCCCUCAAGAGCUUGCUAUCCGUCCAUCCCUAGAGUCCAUUUUAAUACCAGCCCAUGUGAGCAAGGCCUCGUCUUCAGCCAGUCCGCCCACAGUGUCGAGUGGACCUCCCUCACAAGACCGCGUGUCCGGGAAUCAAUCUGGAGAGGAUUCGACAUCUCUACUUAGUAAACCUGGGCCUUCAGAACUCAGCCACUAGCAUUCGUCCAGUACAGUUUGUCUCGUUUUGUUUGUGUACGCUUCUUUGCAUAUUUUCUGUUUCUUAUAUAGUGUGGAUCUCAAUUUUCUUAGCUAUGUUAACCUUAAUUUCAUUGUAUACAGGCACAGCUUUCGGCCAUCAUGCACUAUACCGUGUGACUUUUGUUUUGUUUGCAAAAAGAGAUCCUUAUACACAACUCCUGGCUAUAUCAGAUAUAUACUAUGGCAUGCAUUAUCCUCCUUUUUUUUGUCCCCUUUUCUUAUGAAAACAGUACAGAAAUGCAAUGAAUAUUUAUACAUGUACA